GGAUGCUUUGUAUCUGGAGAGGCGCUCCUGAUUGGCCUGAGGGCCCCCCAGCUCCGGACUUGUCCUCCAUUCAGCCCACUCAAGGGCUGUGCACAACUGCUUCUCAUCCCGCACGGAGCUCACUGCACGCCAGCUCGCCAGGCUUGCCCGGGGUCUACGGUGGGGAACCUGCCGGCCACUUUGGCGGGGGGGCCCUGGCCUGCACCUUCGGUCUGCCCUGUGCUCUCCUCCAGAGCCCGUGCUCUUCAUGGAAAGCCCUGCACGGUUCCCGUGGUGAUGGCAGCUGACAGCGAUGUGAAGAUGCUUCUGAAUUUUGUAAACCUGGCGUCCAGUGACAUCAAGGCGGCCCUGGACAAGUCGGCACCCUGCCGCCGCUCUGUGGACCACCGCAAGUACCUGCAGAAGCAACUCAAGCGCUUCUCUCAGAAGUACUCGCGGCUCCCUAGGGGCCUGCCUGGCAGGGUGACGGAGCCCCACCUGCAAAGGGGGCCUGAAGAGAGGCCUGGACGGCUACCCCUCCAUCCCUGUCCCCAGUCCAGCCCUGGUGGGGGUGGGAGCUGCACAGAAAAGGCCCUGGGGACCCCCUUCAGGGAGGAGCAGGGCUUCCGGGGGCUGAAUCCAGAGGCUGCUAGACCUGGCCAGGUGCCCAUGAGGAAGAGACAGCUGCCUGCUUCAUUCUGGGAGGAACCAAGGCCUACCCUCACCUACCCAAUGGGGCUGGAGGUGGGCCUGGCCCCCAGGGAGGCAUCUCUGUAUGAGAAUAAGAAAAAUUGCAAGGGUCUGGAGUCCCUGGGGCCUGAGACUGUGCCACUGCCCAUGUCCCCAAGGGUACUAGCUGACACGGAACCACUCAAGAUGUCUGGGGUAUCCUUAGUAGGCAGUCUCGAUGCUUGGAGCUACUGCCCUUUCCAGUACCAUGGACAGCCCAUCUUCCCCGGUCUUCCAGGGGUCCUGCCUCAAGGCCCAGUACCUGGUCUGGGUUUAUGGAGGAGAAGCCCGGCCUCACCUGUGGAGCUGGCCCACUUCUGCAAGGAUGUGGACACCCCAGGGCCAAAAGUGUACAGACCUGUAGUUCUGAAACCUAUCCCGACUAAGCCAGCCAUGCCUCCCCCCAUCUUCAAUGUCUUUGGCUACCUCUAGUUUAUCACCCUCAGCCCUCUCUCUCUCUCUCUUGGCCUCCAGGAUGGGGUCAGUGACAAGCUCUCCAUGUGAGGAGGGGGCUGGGCAGGGGUCUGGACAAGCUGCCUCAGGGACAAGGCUCCUCUGACAGGUACCUAUUUGGAGCUUGCAGCUUGUGGACCAAGGCACAGGAACCUCUUUCCUCAGGAGACCCAUCUCCCUGACCCUGUGGAAACCAUGGCAGUGGGAUCCUAGUGUGGCAGCUGUCCAUUACACACCCGUUCAGUUGCCAUCCACUGGGGGUGGGGGGGCAUUUCACUUGUUCAUUCUGUUCUUUGUAAAUAUUGAGAAAGUUGAAAAAAAUAAAGAUUUCUUUUGCAGUUUCCA